CACAUUUCUGAAAAGUAUCAAUAAUAACAGUCAAAUUACAAGCCAAAAUUUAAGCUUUUUAAGCUUUUUUUUCUAAAAAUGGGCGUGACCUUAAAGUAGUCGAUUACGUCAUUGUGACGUCAAACCAAUUUGCAUAAAUUAUCUUUAUGCAUUAGGGUACUACCUUACAAAAAAAUCAAGGUCCAUACAUUAUCUAAGAUGGUAAUUUUAGAAGACCAAAAACACCCCCCAAAACUCCUCAGCCACUGUUAUAUACUACCUUAAAGUAAUUGCAUGUCUUUCUUGGUGGCGUGAUCUGGCCCCAAAAAAUAUUGUUCCCACUUCCUGUGAUAUUUUGUUUUGUUUUGUUUUUAUUUUUUUCCAUAGUGAAGACACGACAAACGUCAGAUGUUACUAACCUGUGAUAGCCUACUUCCUGCCUUUCACCUUAAGUUACUUGUAGGCCUCGGCGUUUACACGAUUACUAAGAAGCCCACUUAACGUAACAUAUUGAACCUCACCAGCGAAAACCCUGAAGCAAGAACUCAUUUUGUGGGACACUUCUUUUCUUUUUUGUAGCCUUAUUCCCACGUCGCCAAGACGAUUGCCACCUUGAGAAACGUCUUCAAGCUAGAUUUGUGUACGCGUCUUGACCGGGAAUGACCGGGUGUAUUAAACUGCUGUGCGGGGUGAUUCACCGGACGGUAUAGUAAACAAGUAGAGCGUAGGCCACCGGAAGUGGGUAGACAACAUUGGCACGGUGCGCUGGAUGGAUCCAGGAACGCUGUGAGCUGGGGGCGUUGACUCACCACACAGGGAAUCCUGGAAACUAGGCGGGAAUACUUGGACCCGCCAGGAGCCAAACAGCGCUCACGUUCGCUGGUGAGCGGACGUGUAGUAUAGCAGUGCUCCCCAGUCCCAAGGAUUAUAUCUCACCAAUUUUCUACUCUUAAGACGGUCGGAUCACUAAAGGAAACAUGGAGAAACGGGACAGAGAGACGCUUAGAAGGAACAGGGUGUUCCUGUUGGACAACAUUGAUUCUUUUGACCGACUGCUAUCGGAGUUACUAGCAGCGGAAAUGCCUAUUGUAAACGAAGGUAUGGUGGACUCCAUACAGAGUAACCCUACAAAAGAACGGCGGAUCGGCGCACUUUUGGACCUCCUGCCCAGACGAGGCCCGACAGCGUUCACGACUUUCUGCUCCGUUCUGCGCAGAACGGACCAAGGCUUCAUCGCUGAUAAGCUGGAAGGUGUGACUAGUGUGGAGGCGAAAAUGGGACGCCUGACAGUGAGUGUUCCACCAGAGGAAGAUCAUGAAAAGGUAGAUACCAUACCUCUGGACGACACGAAAGGUCACAUUUCAGUCGUGGUGAAGCAUUGCACGGCUGACUUCUUCCAGCAAACAAUGGUGAAACACAAGCCAUACAAGAUGACAGCUUCACCACGAGGCCUUGCUCUCAUCCUCAGUAACAUCGGAUUUGGUCAGGAAAGUGGAUUUCAAGACAGAGCCGGGGGAGAGAUUGACCUUGAGAAUGCAAAAAAUCUACUCGGUGGCCUCGGAUUCAAAAUAUUCUCAGAGGAAAAUAAAUGUGCAGAGGAUAUGUUUUCGAUUCUGAAAAACUUCGCCGCCAAAGAAGAACACAAGGCAGCUGACGCCUGUAUCGUCGUCCUGAUGUCCCAUGGUGCACUGGGCCAAAUCUACGGUACGGACGGGAAGCCUGUCAAGUACAACGACAUCUUUGAGGUGUUCAACAACAAUAACUGCCCCAAUCUACAGGGAAAACCAAAGUUAUUCUUCAUCCAAGCCUGUCGAGGAGCCGAGGUUGAUAAGGGCACUGAUGCGCCGGAUUCUGAGGGAAAGCAGAUGCAAGAGCUUCUCGGUCCGUCGUCAAGGGGAACAGACCAGACAGACGCUAAACAACCCUUACCGACUAGAUCCGACAUGCUGCUCAGCUAUGCCACACAGCAAGGCAAUGUUUCCUUCAGGAACUCCGAAUACGGUAGCUGGUAUAUCCAGACCAUAACCAAAGUCUUCAUGGAGCAUGCGAAAGACAGGGAACUGUCUUCAUUGCUCAGGAUGGUCAACAGAUUUGUCUCCCAAAAGAGUGCUUCAUGUCCGCAGACUCCAGAAUACCACGGUGGGAAGGAGUGUUGUGAGUACGUGGACACACUGAGGAAUGACUUCUACUUCUUUCCCGGGACUCAUACCUAAUCCUAGAAGUUUAGAAAUGUUGUGUUGCAACAGACUUAAUGACCAAUGAUUCAUUAUUUUCAAAAAAGUGUUCGAUGUGCUUAACCAGUAGCGAAGGUCCGCACUGCAAGACGUAAGAAUAGGUCAGUGAGUAGUGCUAAGGAAUAUGCCAAUAAGAAAAUAUUUCUACUGUACAAAUGAACCUUGGAAUGAAACUGUAAAGAAUAGAUGACGAUGAAUUCUAUGCCACCUAAAGAAGAAGGAAAUUUGAACAUAAUCUGUGUAACUUAAAUUAGUGUCCGGGGCUAACACAGGCCCGAUGUUGGGCGGGCCCUAUAACUCAUAAGCGAGAUUUAAUCAGGCUAAUUUUGGCACAUUGCCCUCAUUUUGGAGACGCCACUGACGGAAAGCCAUUGCAACAAUUAGUCUUCGUAUGCUUUAACGCAUUUUAUUGUCCACCUUUUACGUACCUUUAAUCGUGAUGAUAGACUUGGAAGUUGGAAAUUGACUAACUAAGAACGAAGCUGCGUUUAGUAUGCCUUUGAAUCUCUGAAUGUUAACUUCUUUUGAGAAUCCUUGGUCAGACACUUCUACAUAUAUGUAUCUUCAUGAGAAUGCUUUUACAAGUUUACGUCUUUGUGUUAAAUACAAAACUACAAUAUAAGAAAGUCUUUGUU